AUGACCUCUGGCCGAAUGAACAAGGAAGAAGUUUCUCUCAGGAGUGCGAAGCCACCUCGUCCCGACGAGGACAAGCACAAGGACGUUGACCUUUCCCUCGCAUCCUUGGCUAGAAUUGAAGAAGGCGACGAGGAGGAAUGGCCUGAUUGCUUCAAAAGGAGUGCUUACAAUGAUGAAUCUAUCCAGCACGACACGUGUGACGAGGGUUCCGACUCCUUGCAGAAGAUGAGAGAGGAAAUCCAGCGCGUGUUGUUGGGAUACAGCUCUCCCCAGACCUCUCCACGCAACUACCCGAAUUUCGUCUUCAAGCCAGAUCAUCCUCCUAAAGUUCUCAACUCGAAUCACGAAGUGAAGACGGAAAACGUUCAGACGUCCCUUGCUGCACGGUCGACGUCCUCCCCCACACCAGCCCCAAGACUUCAUGCAACGCGCAAGCAGUAUCGAAAGGGGGUUUCUCAUCUAAAGGAUCAAGAAGAGGAAUUCUGUCAAAUGCUUCAGCUUCGGACAAGCAUGGAAAAGCCCACGAACAAGCAAGUCAGCUGUUCCAUCCGCCAUGAUGGCACAUUCUCAAUCUACUCCGAGGACCACAAGAAGAUAGCUUCUUUACACUGCUCAGAAUGCUCUGUCCGCGGACUUCGAUUUCGUCCACAAGUUCUUUUUGUGAAGAGUCUCGAGAGCUCGUCAAAGCUAGCUCACGACCGAUGGUCUUCAGCUGCAUAUCUGGUCUGCGCUGAUCAGAAAUCGCGCGACUCUUGGCUCCUGCAUUUCCUCAGCCAUGGAGCCAAGGAGGUCCCUCCUCCCACCGCGAUCAAGAGGCGUUGA